GCAAAGAGAUCCUCGGCGCGGGCCCCGCCCGUCGGGUUUCUGCUGUGGCGGGGCUUGCUUGGGUGGGCACCGCCACUCCCCGGGCAGGGGAGCGAGUUGACAGAUGUGUUUGAGGAGGUCCCUGGCUGGCCUCACCUUUUGUGCCUGCUUCCUGGCUUCUUACCUGAUGAAUAAGUAUGUCCUGUCUGUCUUGAAAUUUACCUACCCUACAUUAUUCCAAGGGUGGCAGACAUUAAUUGGUGGACUUUUGCUUCAUGUAUCAUGGAAGCUGGGCUGGGUGGAGAUCAACAGCAAUUCAAGAUCUGAUGUUUUGAUGUGGCUUCCUGCUUCAGUGCUGUUUGUGGGUAUAAUCUAUGCUGGGUCCAGAGCAUUGUCCAGACUGACCAUCCCUGUGUUUCUCACUUUGCAUAAUGUAGCUGAAGUUAUCAUCUAUGGGUACCAGAAGUGUUUUCGGAAAGAGAAAACUUCUCCUGCCAAGACCUGUAGUGCCUUCUUGCUCCUGGCUGCUGCGGGAUGCCUUCCCUUCAACGACUCCCAGUUUGAUCCAGAUGGAUAUUUUUGGGCUAUAAUUCACUUCUUCUGUGUAGGAGCUUAUAAGAUACGACAGAAGUCCCAGAAGCCCAGUGUGCUAAGUGAGAUUGACCAGCAGUACUUAAACUAUAUAUUCAGCGUGGUGCUGCUGGCAUUUGCAUCCCACCCCACAGGUGAUCUCUCCAGUGUCCUGGAGUUUCCGUUCCUGUAUUUCUACAGAUUCCACAGCAGCUGCUGUGCCAGUGGAUUUUUAGGAUUCUUUCUUAUGCUGAGCACAGUGAAGCUACAAAGCACUACGGCCCCAGGGCAGUGUGCAGCCUGGAUUUUUUUUGCUAAGGUAAUCACUGCUGGUUUAUCCAUAUUGCUGUUUGAUAUGAUCCUGACGCGUGCAACCGUGGGUUGCCUCCUGCUCGGUGGUCUUGGAGAGGCAUUGCUUGUUUUUUCGGAGCAGAAGGGCUCAUAAAGAAGACAGGCAUGAAAGUAGGACACACAGAUUGCCAGCUGAAGAAGUCAUCACCCUUGCUUCGUACCUCUCUGUUGAGCGUUGGAAAGAAGAAAGCAAGGACAGUGAGACCAAGCCAGGAUCUCCAGGUGGGCAGAGCCAAUGGCCUAGUCACACUCUGGCCAGGUGGGAUGUGGCUGGAGCUGGUGAUGUGAAGCCUUGUUGCUUCUCACUGCUUCAAGGAGACCUAGUUUUGGGGCCCUGGGAGCUUCUGCAGGGGACAGACUGAAGUGUGUCUUCCCAUUCUGAGAACCUAGCUCAAGCCCUGCUGGACCCAGUUCUGCAGAAACAGGACAUGCAAGCUCUCACUGGGUGGCUCUGCUCACUGGGAUAGAAGUGCAGGGCUCUGAUGGAUUGAAUGUCCUUCACCAAACACUGCUUUCAGCACAUGCGGGGGGGCCCAGGGUGUUCUGUUUGAUUUUUGUUUGUUUUGUUUUUGAUUUUUAACAUCUUUGGAGAUACCUCUGGGGACCUCCUUUCCUUACCCACCCACGUAUGAACACAAAUAAUUCCUUGUGAGGGCUUCACUUUGGGGGCAGAGAGGGGGAGAUGGGAUUGAGCGGUAGUUCUGGGUCAAGAAAGAAGUCAAUAAGGUCACUUUAGUAAGCUCUGAAGCCUUUUUGUGGCUGAUGUUGCUUUUAUUGCCUGCUUCUAAACUUGUCUUGGUUCUUGUAAACAUGUCAGGAUGUGUGAUGUAUUGAAUUCUGCCCAUUUGCCCACCAGCUAGGUUAAGUUGGUCCUACAUGCUCAGCAGAGGGAAUACGUUUAUAAGCACUGAUGGAUGUCCUCCACAGGCAAGUGAAACAAAACUAUAUAAUGUAUAAAUUCCUUAAUGCUUUCCUGGUAUCUCAGUGGAGAUUUCAAAUCGUUGAGCACUGAAAUAUAUUUUCCAAGCCAAAUUAAAAAUUAUGUGAAAAUCCUGUACCUUGCCUCUAUGCGUUUCUCAAAAGAAAUGAAUUCACAGAAAAUGGUGAUUUGAUUCUGAACCCACAGAGAAGGCCUAAGAAAAUAAAUAACGUACUCCAAGUGCUUCUGCUCAUGAUAGGUUUCUCAAAUACCUUACUGCUUGGCCAGGUGUUACAGAGUUUUGGUCAUUUGGGGAUGUGGAAGGGAGUCUCCGUGCAGGAAACCAGGUCUUAACAGAUCUGUUCUCAGCCCUGUGGAGAAUAAGGUCAACUCAGGCAGUGGCCCUUUUCUCUGUGUGCUUUCUCCGACUGGCUGAAAAAAAGAGAACGGAAAUGAAACAAAUUACAAUGGAUUUGCAUAUUAGAAGUCGGAGUACCCUUAACUCAUUUUAUGGGUUUUGCUGGUCUCUGCUUGCCAUUUAAGGAAAGGACGUUCAGAGUGAUCUUCACACACACGUAACUUCAGCUGGCUUUUGUUCUUCACCGGGUUGUCAAACUUUCUGUAGACUGAGGACAAAGUUGAAAAUCUGGAUUCAGAAUUUUCCUCAUUUUUUUGCUCCCACAAACCUCUAUCUGUACCGCUGAGGCCGGUUCUCCACUUGUAGAGAGUGGCUUCUGCCCAAAUGUCAUCAUAAUGCCUGUCUUUCCAAGUGCUGUUUAAGGAAAUAGAGAGCCCUGGUGGCACAGUGGCUAAAGCCCUCGACUGCUAACCAAAAGGGCAGUGGUUUGAACCCACCAGCUGCUCUGCAGGAGAAAGAUGUGGCAGUCUGCUUCCGUAAAGAUUACAACCUUAGAAACCCUAUGGGGCAGUUCCACUCUGUCCUGCAGGUUGGCUCUGAGUUGGUUUGGUCUUUUGUGUUUUGGAAGGCUGGAAAGACUCACAAGCAGGACUGACCUUAGAAACUUCUGUGGAUAAGUUUUAUCUUGAUUUAUUUUUGUGAUUUCCCUAUCUGGGUUGAUAUCUGGUUGCUCUGUCCUGUGUUCUAGUGUUGGGUUGAUAGCUGAUAUUAUUGAUUUUCUAACCAGAGAAUUCCCUUUAGUAUUUCUUGUAGUUUUGGUUUGGCUUUUGCAAAUUCCGUAAACUUCUGUUUCUCCGGAAAUGUCCUAAUUUCACCUUCAUAUUUGAGAGACAGUUCUGCUGGAUAUGAUUCCUGGCUGGCAAUUUUUUUCCUUCAGUGCUUUAUAUAAAUCAUCCCGUUGCCUUCUUGCCUGAAUGCUUUCUGUUGAGUAGUCUGAGCUUAUUCUUAUUGACUGUCCUUUGUAAGUAACUUUUUGUUUAUCCCUGGCUGCUCUUAAAAUUUUCUCUUUAUCUUUUGUUUUGGCAAGUUUCAUUAUAAUAUGUCUUGGUGACUUUCUUUUGAGAUCUACCUUAUGUGGGGUUCAAUGAGCAUCUUGGAUAGAUAUCCUCUCAUCUUUCGUGAUGUCAGGGAAGUUUUCUGCCAACAAAUCCUCAACAAUUUUCUCUGUAUUUUCUGUUAUCCAUCACUCGUAGGUUAUUUCUCUUGAUAGAAUUCCACAUGAUUCUUAGGGUUUCUUUUUUUUUUUUUUAAUUCUUUUUUCUGAUUUUUCUUUGAAUAUAUUGGUGCCAAGUGUUUUAUCUUCAAUCUUGCUAAUUCUGACUUCCAUUUCCUCAACUCUGCUCCACUGAGUUUCUACUGAGUUGUCUAAUUCUGAAAUUUUAUUGUUAAUCUUCUGAAUUUCUGAUUGCUGUCUCUCUAUGGAUUCUUUCGGCCUAUAAAUUUUUCAUUAUGUCCUUGAAUAACCUUCUUCAUUUCCUCAACUGCUUUAUCUGUGUGCUUCUUGGCUUGUUCUGCGUUUUGCCUGAUCUCCUUCCUGAUGUCUUGAAGGGUUCUGUAUAUUAAUCUUUUGUAUUCUAUAUCUGGUAAUUCUGGGAAUACAUCUUCAUCCAGAAGAUUCCUUGAGUCUUUGUUUUGGGAGUUUGUUGAAGCAAUCAUGGUCCAUUUCUUUGUGUGCUUUGAUAAUCGACUGUUGUCUCUAAGCCAUCUAUAAGUUAUUGUAUUACUUUAUUUUAUGUUUGCUCACUGUGUCCCAGGUUCUUGCUUUGUUUUGUUUUGAUAUACCGAAAUAGGCUACUAGAGUGAGCUAACUUGAUUACUGGAGUCUUUGAAACACUAAUGUCUUGUCAGCAGAUGGCUAGAGCUGUUACCAGGUAUAUGAGCCUAGGAGUCCAUUCAUUGUUCUUAUACAGAUUCAGCUCAGGUGUCCAGGUAGUCGGUCACUUAGUGUGUGGUGCAGGCUCUCACCUAUGAUCUUAGAAGAGCAGUGGUGACUGGUGUAUGCACAGGUUUCUGGUAGCAGCAGGGGAUCACACUCUGAGGAAGGCGGGGGCUGACAAACUUCCCCUGAAAGUCUGUGUGGAAGGCACGUGCCUGUUCUCUAGACCUCUCUGGUGGGUGGGCUCUGCAGCUGUACCAUAGGCACCCAAUGCUUUUAACUGUAAGGACUGGUAGGCACCACUUAUCCUUGGACCCCUGUCACGGGUGGCUAGUUGUCGUGGGUGGAGCCUCCAGUCCUCAGGCCCCUACUGUGGGUAGGUGAGGGCCCAGUGUAAUAGCAGAGUGGUAUCAAAUGUCAAAAACCUGUCUCUCUGCUGCACAGCUGAAACAGUUACAGUUCAGAUCUCAAACAGAUUCACCCUUACAAUAUAACAGCCAGAUCCUAUCUGCCAUAAUGGGGCCACCUGGAUCCAUGCAGGGGUGAAAGACAAAGUCUGUGGACCACUUCUGCCCGGACUGGAGCCACUUCUGCUCUAGGUUUCCAGAUUAAGGGAGUUGGCAGAGUAUUUUCCCCUGUUUGUCUAUUUGUUCCUUCUCCAAGUCCAGGAGAAUGGCUCAGAGAGCGCAGCAGGACCUGUCUCAGGCCCAGGGAAAGCAACUUUAAUGAAGCUGGCUGGGGCAGAGGGAGGAGGGAUCAGAUGGAUAGGAGAGAGUUCUUUCAAAAGGAGGAGCUGUUAGAUCUGCACGGUCAAUGAGAGAAAAUAACUUAUCUUGUGCCGAGAGUGUUGUUUUAUCUCAGAUUCCAGAGGCGUGUAUAGAUUGUGUGCGCUGGCUUGGUCCCUGCCGCAGUCACGCCAGGGAGUGGGGGCUGCGCCACCUCGCUUGCCUUCUUUCACUGAAGCAGCCACAUCCUGAACGCCACCACCAGCCUCAUCAUGGUCACGCCAGAGGAUCAGGGGUGCGCCACUCCACUUGCCUUCUUUCACUGAAGCAGCCACAUCCCCGAACACUACCACCAGCCCUGCCACAGUUACGCCAGAAAUCGGGGCUGAGGUGCUGCUGCUGACUCAGCAACUCCUUGCUGCUUCUGCACUGUCUCUCCCUCCUCCUGUCACUCAGUCCAAUUUCUUAAAAUUGCUGUUGAUGCUCAUGGUUUCUAGCUUGUCAUAUAUAUAAUUGAUUCACUCUUUUUUUCGGGCCUGUGUUGUAAGAGGGACCACCAGAAGUGUCUGACUACUCCACCAUCUUGGCCCCGCCUCUGCCAAUAAGUUUUUGACUCUCUUUUUAAGGAUCUCUGGCAGGGAUUUUUUGUCUGUUUGAUUUUUGGUUUUUUUAAUUACAUUUCAGAGUUCCUUUGUUUUUAAAAUCUUGGGUCAUUUCUUAGUUUGACACCAGCAAAAGGCAGAGGAUAAGGUGUUUCUUCAGUCUGCCAUCCUAGUUCCUUCAGCUUCCAUCUGUUCUUAGGCUUUUUCUUCAAGCUUUACCUGCUGUCUUUUAUGCCCAACUGGGUGGUGCAAACGGUUAAGCACUCGGUUACUAAACAAAAGGUCGGUGGUUCGAUGAAAACUUUUCUGGAUUCCACUCUUCAGACAAAGAUUAAACAGAACUAUAAAACAGAAAGUAAUACACGUCAAGAGUAUGUUUCUUAGUUCAAUCAGAUACACAAGUCCAAAUGGGCAGCUCCUGUCCAGAGGAAGGAUGAGAAGGCAGGAAGGGACAGGAGCUGGUUGAAUGACACAGGGAACCCGGGGUGAAAAGGGGGAGUGUGCUGUCGUAUUGUGGGGAUUGCAACUAAUUUCAUAAAACAAUAAGUGUAUAAAUUUUUGUAUGAGAAAUUAACUCAAGCUGUAAACUUUCACCUACAGCACAAUAAAAAAAAAAAAGAAAAGGUUGGCAGUUUGAGUCCACAUAGGGGAAUCUCAAAAGAAAGGCCUGGUGAUCUGCUUCUGAAAAAUUAGCCAUUGAAAACCCUAUGGAGCUCAGUUCCACUCUGACACACGUGGGGUCGCCAUGAGUCAGAAAUGACGCAAUGGCAACUGGAUUUUUUCCCCCACCUGCUCAGCUCUGUGAGCAGGGUGACCCCAGGUCUAUAGAACACAGGGUGGGUGCAACCACUGCUGUUCCUCUAGCUCUCAUUUUCUGGGGCACUCUCUGGAGAAUCUGCAGGGUCUCCCAGCACUCUCUUUUACCUGAACUAACGGGUUUGGUCAUAUGCUUUUUUGGUCCUGAUGACCUCAGUCCUUGCUGGCCCUGAGUCAAAGCCAGGUUUUUUAUUCAUACAGAAAGCCUAGAGAAUAUGCUUUCUCUCAGGAGAGGGAAAGUUCUCUAUGAUUAUGUAUUAUUAUUAUUCUGAAUGGAUAUAAAAAAAUAAACCAUUUAUUUUCUUGGUAAUUUGCGGUUUUUGGUCUUCUCUUUCUAAAAAGGGAAUAUUUGCAGAAAACGUUGUUGCAAAGGGAAGGGAGUUCUUACUUUUAAACACAGGCCCAUGUUCCUCCUUCCAUCCUCGUCCGAGUCACUUUGCUCUAAACAGGGAAAGGCCCACCUGACUCCAUCUUCCAGACCUGUGCUGCCCAGUAUGGUAGCCACCAGCCACAUGUUGCUGUUGAGCACUUGAAAUGUGGCUCACCUAAACUGAGAUAUGCUGCCAGUAUAAGUACACAAUGAAUGUGAAGCCCUAGUAUAAACAAAAAGAAUAUAGGCCCAGCAAUUCUACUUCUAGGUCUAUAGCCAUAAAAACUGAAGGCAGGAAUACAAACAGAUACAUGUACACCAGUGUUCCUUGCAGCACACUAUUCACAAUAGCCAAAGGUAGAAAGAACCUAAAUGUACAUCAGCAGAUGAAUGGGCAAAGAAAAUGUGAUAUAUACAAUGAAGUAUUUCUCUGCCAUAAAGAGAAAUCAAAUCCUGAUACAUGCAUGCCACAACGUAGGUGAUCCUUGAAAACAUUAUUCUGAAUGAAAUAAGUCAGUCACAAAAGGACAAAUACUGUAUGAGCCCACUUGUAUGAAAUAUCUAGAAUAGGCAAAUGUAUAGAGACCAAAGUUUAUUAGUGGUUACUAGAGUCGGGGAGCCUUGGCGAAGUAGUGGUUCAGAGCUCGGCUGCUAACCAAAAGGUCAGCAGUUCGAAUCCACCAGCUUCUCCUUGGAAACCCUAUGGGGCAGUUCUACUGUGUCCUGUAGCAUCGCUACAAGUCAGAAUCAAUGGCAACGGGCUUAGAGUACGGAUGACGUGGUAGAUAAGUGCUCGACUGCUAACGGAAAGUUGGCAGUUUGAACCCACCAGCCACUCAAUGGGAGAAAGAUGUGGUAGUCUACUUCCAUGAAGAUUACAGCCUUGGAAAGUCUGUGGACAAGCUCUACUCUGUCUGAUAAGGUUGCUGUGAGUUGGAAUUUACUUGAAGGCAACACGUUUGGUUUUUGGUUUAGAGUGGGAGGGAGGGGGAAAAACAGAGUCAUUGCUAAGGGAGCAUUGAGCAUCUGUUAAGGAUGGUGGAAAAAUGAGGAAAUGGAUAGUGGGGAUGGUUGCACAGCAUGAUGAAUGUAAUUAACGUCGCUGAGUUGUCCAUGUAAAAAGUGUUGACGUAGUAAAUGUGUUGGUAUGUGUAUUCUUGCCACAAUAAAAAAGUAAUGUAAAAUCUCAAUAACUUUUAUACUGAUUACAUGUUGAAAUGGUAACAUUUUGUAUGUAUUGGGUUAAAUAAAAUAUAUUAUCAAAAUGAAUUUCUCCUGUUUCUUUUUACCUUUUUUAAUGUUGCUACUAAAAAAAAAAUUGAAAAUUACAUAUGGUUCACAAUAACAUGGUUCACAUUAUGUUCCUAUUGAUCGAUGCUAAUCUAAAGCAGUCCACCUGCAGUAGGGCCCAGGAAAAGGACAGGGGUGUUGGCAGCUGCUGCUGGGGCUACCAACCCAAUAAUAAUAUCUAAGACUUACAGUUAUUGCUGCUUAUGAAAUGCCAGGCACCAUGCUAGGUACUGUCUAUGUUUCAUGUCAUUUAUUCUUCCUAAAGGUAGGACAGGUGACAUUCUCCUCCUGCCAAUGAGAUUCAGAGAGAUUUCAGUAACUUUUCCGGGGUCACCCAGCUAGGACUCAAACUUAGGUCUUCCUGUCUUUCAAAGCCUAUUCUUUUCAUCUUUAAAGAGUUCUGGAGGAGAAAUGAAUCCCCAAAUUCUACAACGGGUCUCAGGGUUUUCCAAGAAGUGCUUAGUUUGGAUUCCUAACAUGCACGCGGUCAUUUGUGACUUUUUCCCAGGAGGCCAUGUUCCCUCGCUUUGCCAAAGGGCAGGGUCUGCGGCCUGAGUUCCAGCUGCCUUCCCAAAGAGUCUCACUUCCUCCCCCAGCCCCUUCCUCUCAGUUUGUGGGUGAGAUCUUCCCUGAAUAUGGUUGGAACUGCCGGGGCACUUGGGGAACGGUACUGCUCUCACCUGAAAUAUAACUCUGAAUGUUUCCAGAGCAAACCAGCCACAGUUGGUUGGCUUCUCAGGCUUGGUUUCUCAGAGAUUGGCAUAUUCAGAGGGUGUUGUUGUUGUUCUCGUUAGGUGCCGUCGAGUCAGUUCCUACUCAUAGUGACCCUA